UGUUUUGGCAUGACUUGACCAGGGUACCCUAUGAGCCUCUUUAAUUUUCUUUUGAUCUUGAACAGCUCCUUCCAAACCCUUUCUCUCUCUUUGAUGCAACUAUGCCUGUGGAGCUUAUGAUGGGUUAUAGGAACGACAGUUUCGCCGAAGAGAAUGCUGUUCGAGAAGCCGCGUCAGGGCUAGAGAGCGUGGAGAAGCUCAUCAGGUUGCUGUCACACGCUCAGCUGCAACAACACCAACUUCAACAACAAUCGCACGCGACCAAUUCAAAGUCUUCCAUGGAAAUUGAAUCCGAUUACGGAGCUGUCGCUGACGUGGCGGUUUCCAAGUUCAAGAAGGUUAUUUCGCUUCUGGGCCGAACCAGAACCGGUCACGCGCGCUUCAGAAGAGCCCCUGUGCCUCCACCUCCUCCUUCCGAACCUAGAUUCUACCGCGCAACGCCGCUGCAGCAGAUCCCGCCGCCCCCCGAACACCCUUUCAUCCCAAAAAAUGCUCCGAUUGAGACCAAGGACUCUUCCAAGACCAUCAACUUCUCUUAUUCUAAUUCCUUCGUCUCCUCCCUCACCGGCGACACCGACACCAAACAGCCCUCUUCCUCGUCGCCUGCGGCCGCGACGCCUUUUCAGAUCACGAAUCUCUCUCAGGUCUCCUCCGCCGGAAAGCCUCCUAUUUCUUCGUCUUCGUUGAAGAGGAAGUGCAGCUCUGAUAAUUUGGGUUCUGCCAAGUGUGGCAGUUCCUCCAGCCGAUGCCAUUGCUCAAAGAAGAGCAGAAAAAUGAGGUUGAAGAGGGUGGUGAGGGUACCCGCAAUAAGUUUGAAGAUGGCUGAUAUUCCACCGGAUGAUUAUUCUUGGAGGAAAUACGGACAGAAACCGAUUAAAGGAUCUCCUCAUCCAAGGGGCUAUUACAAGUGCAGCAGUGUUAGAGGGUGUCCAGCGCGCAAGCAUGUAGAGAGGGCUCUGGAUGACCCUUCUAUGUUGGUAGUAACCUAUGAAGGUGAACACAAUCACACACUCUCUGCAGUCGAAGCUACCACUAAUCUUAUCCUAGAAUCUUCUUAGCUGAUUAAUUAAUCACCGAUUUCCCAUCACAGAGUAUAUUCUGAUCAUGCCAUUCAUGGCUUGUACACUUGAAAAUUUUACUCUCGAAGGAGAUUAAUUAAUUGAUGGGUGGGUGUAUUCCUUCCAUGUUCACAUGUUCUAUACACUUGUUUUCCUUUUCCUUUUCCUUUUCCUUUUCUGCUCUCUUCAAAACUUGGACCGACCGACCGACACUGAAUCCAUCCAUGGCCACUGUUUACAUAUUUUUGUUUUAAAAAAGGGUGAAGAUGGCGUAUUUGGUAACGGGUUUAAUUUAAUCCGAUUCAACUCGAAAGAGAAAAAAGAAGAAAGGAGGAAGUGGGGUUGGUAUUAUUCCUUUUCCUUUUCCUUUUCCUUUUCGUUUCUGGUUGAUUGCUUUACAUGUGGUUGUGAUCUUGGAUGCUCAUGGAUGAAAAAGACGGAGUCAAAGAAAGGAUGGGAUGAGGAGGGACAUGUGCUGUUAAUUGCUAAAGAAGGUUGACUAAAAGAACAGAGUGGUUGGCACUUGGCAAUUGCCAGUUAGAACGGCAAAUUAUAGUGAAUGGAACUGGGAAGAAAGAGAGUUUCAAUACAAUUUUUGUUUGAACCCUUUGGCUUCUACCAUAAAGUCUUGUUGCAACGUUAGUAGUACAUUCGUUUAACGUCUUUAAUGUCUGUUUGGUUUAAUGUUUAAAACAUUAAAUUCAUGUUUACCUGUUCUGUUUUUGGUCUCACGUUCUAAGCGAGUUUUAUAGAAUUAAUUGAUAUUCUGAAUGGAAAAGCUACGCCAAAGUCAAAAUGGGUGGGUGUGGAAUUCAUUCAGUUCAUAAGUUCAUACACUGAAGGCUCCUACCUUGUUUUAAAUUUC